CAAUCAUAGCAACCAGCAUGGCGACGGGGAAGCUUUGCCUAGCUCCUCAUCUGCUUAUAGUAAGCUAGCAUUAGGUCGUUACCUUCACAAUACUUGAUUAACUCACAGCGUCACAAUGUUUACAGCUGAAUACACUGUAGUUUCCGGAUGCCACCAAGCUCUGCCGCCACUGCCUCAGAAUAUUUCUGAGGAAAAUGGGAUACGCUGAGUGUAACAUUAUCAUGGACUCGAGAAUAGGGAGUGUAUCAUCUGGACUGGGGUGCACCUCCGGUGUGAGAGGACAGACUCUGAAAAGUAGCCCUUUCUGCCCUCGCUCCUCCAGCAAGUUAACACAGUCCAUCAUUAAAGACCACAUGGUGUCUCAUUACAAAAAGGUUUACUCAGCUAAAGCUGCCAUUGAUGCCUCAGUACCCAAAAGCUUGAUACAUAGUGUUAAGUAUAAUGACCAGAUCAGACAGGAACGGUUAAGGAAAGGGGGUCGUCCUCAGUCAGCACACUCUGUCUCACAGAGGAAUAGCAGAGCUUCUUGCUCUUCAGCCCAAAGUAGAUUAUCUGUGCAGUACGAUGACCUCUGCUCAAGGAGUUCCAUGGUGUCCAGCCCAAGGUUCGGCACCUCCUUUCAUACCAAGGAGAUAGUUUAUCCAUUGUCCAAAGUCGCCUCACAGAACCACUUUCAUCACACCCGCCCAGCCUCCGAAAGAAAGUACCAGAGCCCAAAGGCGACUUUACAUAGAAAGCAGUCAACUUGUUCGCUGGGAGCUUCAGGAGAACAGAGCGGCUUCAAGACUUUCCAGGACCCCUCUCAGAAGACAUAUGGCGGCGACUUGCUCCAGAAACAUUCCCAGAACUUUACCCAAGACAAACCCUUCACCCCUAAGACCCUGAAAUCAGAUAAGAGUUCGUACUUGUCCAAAUAUCGCUACUACAGAGCACCACAGAGGAAAAAUACUCAGGAUUCCACUCGAUCAGGGUUGAUGCGACAGGAGACAUAUCAUGGAAGCACAAAAACCAAGGAAUACACACAAGAACUGUAUGAGCCAUCUCAGGGAUUUACUACAGAGCACGAGUGGUCUGAAGAUGAGUUCAGUGGCACACAUCUCUCAGCAUCCAGACAACAGAGUCGAGCAAACAAGAGCAGGGACCGGGAUUUCUUUGACUCCUCUUAUAGACUCUCACCAGAAAGCAGAAAAUCCCCCAUGAUGAAGAAUGUAUCUGCAGAGGAAGAAGAACUAAUGUACCUCGAAUUCAUUUCUGCUGUAACAGAGGACAUCUUGUCAAGGGGGCACAUCUCUGACAGGGUCCUAGACCGGGUGAUAAAGCGCCAUAUUGACAUGAAUCGUCAUCAGCUUGAUGAGGGUAAAAUGCGCCACCUGCUGGGAGUGCUGCGCAAAGAUUUUGAGGAGCCAACCAACAUACCCACCUGCAGCACAGAGCUUGAAACACAUGAGAAUGGUCUCCUUGGUGCAUUCCUACCACAUCUGGAAUCAGAGCGGAAACAAGUGAAGACCAAAGAAAACAGUGAUCUGCUCCCUUAUGCAUCACUUAUCAAAUACAGCGAUUCACCAGGUUAUGGCGAUCCCCUAUAUGUAUCCACGCCUGUAUGCUCUCCUGAAAGGACUGUUUCACCAUCUAAAACAAUUGAAAAGGGUGGAGAAGGUGACAAUCUGGAAAAAGACAGUAACUCUCCAUGUCUCAGUGAACAUGUUUCAAAUAACAUGGGGAUUAGUGAGGAGGAAAUCCAUCAAAAUCAAGCAGGCACACCUGCGACAAAUGAAGUUGUAGAGGAAAACUGUGAAUGUGCCACUAUCACCAGUGAUGAAGGAUUUCAUCCUGACCAAGCUGAGGUCAGUUAUGAUGGACAUUGUGAAGAGGUUGAGGAUCUAGGGAGACAUUUGUCCGAGUCGCUUCUCGUGUCCAGCAAUACACACAAUGUGGAGAACACUGAGCAACAUACGAAUACAGCUGCUUCUGGCAGUGAUGAUGAGUUCUGAGUUUUACUGUAUUCAGGGAAUGAAUGUCCUUUGAGGGUUUUUUUGUUACCAAUUGAGUGUUUGUCCAGAGUAAAAUGUGAUAUUUGAACUUCAUGAAAGUAUAGUUUUGUAACUGUGAUUCAACGCUGGGUUGUGUUUUAAUGUUUUUACGAGCCCCAUGAAUGUGGAGCUGUAGCUUGGUUUUGCUUUCAUAGCUUUUUACAGAAGCACAAUCGACAUUUCACAUGAGCAAACAAGGUUUUGCGAGUACACCAGGGACUCUUAUGUCUCAUUUGGGAUAUUGUAAAGUGGUGGUUAAUCUCCUAUUGACCUCCAGAAUAAUGGUAUAAACAUUUUUCUGAAACAGUGCCCUGUGGUAAUUAGUAUGACUAGCAAAUCUGCAAAGCAUCUGUGAUGUCAGAUGUGUGGAAAUAGUGGCAUUCUUUAGUUUGAGUGGAUUGAAGAGUGUGCCCAGUCAGUUUAUAGCAUGUUGUAGCUAAAGUUUACUUUUUCUAGACCUCUAGAAGGACAGGUCUGUCAUAAAUAAACUUAAUAAAAUUGUUCAGUGUGUUUGACUUGACAUAUGCCUCUGACAUGUAGCUGAAAGGAGUUGGCUGUCACCAGAAAGUGUCUUUACAAUUGCAAUAAAGUUUCUAUUGUUCUGCAUAUUA